GUGGGGAUGGUUCACAGUCUGGAGGAGAGAGGGCGGCAGUCCGAGAAGGGGGCUAAGAGGCCACCCCCAGCCCGGGGCAGCCCAGCACCCGAGUCUGCAGCCUCGGGUGGGGAGGGGAGGUGCCGCUCCCGGGGCCGGAGAGAAGGGGGUGGCUCCCCCCCGCCCCCGCCGCGGUGGGUCGGGGCGCGGGGCCGGGCUGCGCGGGAGCCGCAGCCUUUUCCGGGGGGCGGUCCGGAGGCGUUAGCGCACGGCUCCUGCCCCGACAGGUGCGCGCCGCGCGCAGGAAUGCGGUCUGCCUGACUCAUCCGCUCCUCCUUCCUACCUGCCGCCCAGCCCAUAAAGCGGUCCCCUCCCCGCCGCCGCCCGCCCUCCCUGCAGCCCGCCCUCUGGACAGUCCCGGCUCGCCCGCGCGCCGCCUCCGGAGCCGCCGAGCGGAGCCCAGCGCGGGGAGGGCGCGAGUCAGCCCCAAGGAGGAAGAGGAUGGCAGGGCCGCAUCCCAGCUGGUGGACCAGGCUGUUGCUGGCAGCCCUGCUGAGCGCCAGCUUCCCCGGGGACAUGGCGAACCGCUGCAAGAAGGCCCAGGUGAAGAGCUGCACGGAGUGCAUCCGCGUGGACAGGGACUGCGCCUACUGCACGGACGAGAUGUUCAAGGAACGGCGCUGCAACACCCAGGCAGAGCUGCUGGCUGCGGGCUGCCGGCAGGAGAGCAUGGUGGUCAUGGAGAGCAGCUUCGAGAUCACAGAGGAAGCGCAGAUCGACACCACCCUGCACCGUAGCCAGGUGUCCCCCCAGGGGCUGCGGGUGCGGCUGCGGCCGGGAGAGGAGCAGCGCUUUGAGCUGCAGGUGUUUGAGCCCCUGGAGAGCCCCAUGGACCUGUAUAUCCUCAUGGACUUCUCCAACUCCAUGUCUGACGAUCUGGACAACCUCAAGAAGAUGGGGCAGGAUCUGGCCCAGGUCCUGAGGCAGCUCACCAGCGACUACACGAUUGGAUUUGGCAAGUUCGUGGACAAAGUUAGCGUCCCUCAGACAGACAUGAGGCCCGAGAAGCUGAAGGAGCCCUGGCCCAACAGUGACCCCCCCUUCUCCUUCAAAAACGUCAUCAGCCUGACGGAAGACGUGGAGGAGUUCCGGAACAAGCUAAAGGGAGAGCGGAUCUCAGGCAACCUGGACGCCCCCGAAGGAGGUUUCGAUGCCAUCCUGCAGACGGCCGUGUGCACCAGGCACAUCGGCUGGCGCCCCGACAGCACCCACUUGCUGGUAUUCUCUACCGAGUCGGCCUUCCACUACGAGGCGGAUGGCGCCAACGUGCUGGCUGGCAUCAUGAGGCGCAACGACGAGGAGUGCCACCUGGACACCACGGGCACCUACACCCAGUACGGGACACAGGACUACCCGUCGGUGCCCACCUUGGUGCGCCUGCUCGACCGGCACAACAUCAUCCCCAUCUUCGCAGUCACCAACUACUCCUAUAGUUACUACGAGAAGCUAUCCUCGUAUUUUCCUGUCUCUUCGCUGGGGGUGCUGCAGGAGGACUCUUCCAACAUCGUGGAUCUGCUGCAGGAUGCCUUCAACCGUAUCCGCUCCAACCUGGACAUCCGGGCCCUGGAAAGCCCCCGAGGCCUGCGGACAGAGGUCACCUCCAGGAUGUUCCAGAAGACGAACACUGGGUCCUUUCUCAUCCGGCGGGGGGAAGUGGGCACAUACCAAGUGCAGCUGCGGGCUAUCGAGGACUUGGACGGGACUCACGUGUGCCAGUUGCCAGAAGCGGACCAGAAGGGCAACAUCCAUCUGAAGCCCUCCUUCUCCAAUGGCCUCAAGAUGGACGUGGACAUCGUCUGUGACAUGUGCUCCUGUGAGCUGCAAAAAGAGGAGCGGUCAUUUCGCUGCAGCUUCAACGGGGAUUUCAUGUGCGGACACUGUGUGUGCAAUGAGGGCUGGAGCGGCAAGACCUGUAACUGCUCCACUGGCUCCCUGAGCGACCUGGCGCCCUGCCAGCGGGAGGGUGAGGACAAGCUGUGCUCGGGGCAGGGCGAGUGCCAGUGCGGCCACUGCGUGUGCUAUGGUGACGGCCGCUAUGAGGGUCAAUUCUGUGAAUACGACAACUUCCAGUGCCCCCGUGCCUCCGGGUUCCUCUGCAACGACCGAGGACGCUGCUCCAUGGGCCAGUGUGUGUGUGAGCCUGGCUGGACAGGCUUGAGCUGUGACUGUCCUCUCAGCAAUGCCACCUGCAUCGACAGCAACGGGGGUAUCUGUAAUGGGCGUGGCUACUGCGAGUGUGGCCGCUGCCACUGCAACCAACAGUCGCUCUACACAGACACCAUCUGCGAAAUCAACUACUCAGCGAUCCGCCUGGGCCUCUGUGAGGACCUGCGGUCCUGUGUGCAGUGCCAGGCGUGGGGCACCGGUGAAAAGAAGGGGCACGUGUGUAAGGAGUGCAGCUUCAAGGUCAAGAUGGUGGAUGAGCUUAAGAAAGCGGAGGAGGUGAUGGAGUACUGCUCCUUCCGGGACGAGGAGGACGACUGUACAUACAGCUACACCGUGGAGGGUGAUGGCGCCCCCGGGCCCAACAGCACCGUCCUGGUGCAGAGGAGGAAGGACUGCCCCCCCGGCACCUUCUGGUGGCUCAUUCCCCUGCUCGUGUUCCUCCUGUUGCUCCCGGCACUGCUGCUCCUGCUCUGCUGGAAGUACUGUGCCUGCUGCAAGGCCUGCCUGGCCCUUCUCCCAUGCUGCAACCGAGGUCACAUGGUGGGCUUCAAGGAAGACCACUACAUGCUGCGGGCGAACCUGAUGGCCUCGGAUCACCUGGACACGCCCCUGCUGCGCAGCGGGAACCUCAAGGGGCGCGACACGGUCCGCUGGAAGACCGCCAACGUGCAGCGGCCUGGCUCUGCCUCGCGUGCUGCCGGCAUCAGCCCCACGGAGCUGGCGCCCUACGGGCUGUCCCUGCGCCUUGCCCGCCUUUGCACCGAGAACCUACUGAAGCCUGGCACCCGAGAAUGUGACCAGCUGCGCCAGGAAGUGGAGGAGAACCUGCACGAGGUGUACAGGCACAUCACAGGCGCGCAGAAGCUCCAGCAGACCAAGUUCCGGCAGCAGCCCAAUGCCGGGAAAAAGCAGGACCACACCAUUGUGGACACGGUGCUGAUGGCGCCCCGCUCGGCCAAGCAGGCCCUGCUGAAGCUGACGGAGAAGCAUGUGGAGCAGGGGGCCUUCCACGAGCUCAAGGUGGCCCCUGGCUACUACACCCUCACUGCAGACCAGGACGCCCGGGGCAUGGUGGAGUUCCAGGAGGGUGUGGAGCUGGUGGACGUGCGGGUGCCUCUCUUCAUCCGGCCUGAGGACGAUGACGAGAAGCAGCUGCUGGUGGAGGCCAUCGACGUGCCCGCGGGCACUGCCACCCUCGGCCGCCGCCUGGUCAACAUCACCAUCAUCAAGGAGCAAGCCAGUGGGAUCGUGUCCUUUGAGCAGCCCGAGUACUUGGUCAGCCGCGGGGAGCAUGUGGCCCGCAUCCCCGUCAUCCAGCGUAUCCUGGACAACGGCAAGUCCCAGGUCUCCUACUGCACGCAGGACAACACAGCGCAGGGCAACCGGGACUACAUCCCCACAGAAGGCGAACUGCUAUUCCAACCUGGGGAGACCUGGAAGGAGCUGCAGGUGAAGCUCCUGGAGCUGCAGGAGAUGGACUCCCUCCUGCGGGGCUGCCAGACCCGCCGCUUCUACAUCCAACUCAGCAACCCCAAGUUUGGGGCCCGCCUGGGCCAGCCCCAGUCUGCCACUGUUAUCAUUGGGGACCAAGAUGAACUGGACGGGAACUUAAUGGGCCAGACCCUAUCAUCACCCCUACUCCCCCGGGGUGACCUGGGUGCCCCACAGAACCCCAAUGCCAAGGCCACUGGGUCCCGGAAGAUCCACUUCAACUGGCUGCCCCCUCCUGGCAAGCCAACAGGGUACCGGGUGAAGUAUUGGAUCCAGGGUGACUCUGAGUCCGAAGCCCACCUCCUCGACAGCAAGAUGCCCUCGGUGGAGCUCACCAACCUGUACCCAUACUGCGACUACGAGAUGAAGGUGUGCGCCUACGGGGCGCAGGGCGAGGGCCCCUACAGCUCCCUGGUGUCCUGUCGCACUCACCCGGAAGCUCCCAGCGAGCCAGGGCGUCUGGCCUUCAAUGUUGUCUCCUCCACCGUGACCCAGCUGAGCUGGGCUGAGCCGGCCGAGACCAACGGCGAGAUCACAGCCUAUGAGGUCUGCUAUGGCCUGGUCAACGAGGACAGCCGACCCAUCGGGCCCAUGAAGAAGGUGCUGGUGGACAGCCCCAAGAAGCGGACGCUGCUCAUUGAGAACCUGCGGGAGUCCCAGCCGUACCGCUACACGGUCAAGGCUCGCAACGGCGCAGGCUGGGGGCCUGAGCGGGAGGCCAUCAUCAACCUGGCCACCCAGCCCAAGCGGCCCAUGUCCAUUCCCAUCAUCCCGGACAUCCCCAUCGUGGACGCCCAGAGUGGGGAAGACUACGAAAGCUUCCUCAUGUACAGCGAUGACGUGCUCCGCUCCCCGACAGGCAGCCAGAGGCCGAGCGUCUCUGAGGACACUGGUGACGGCUGGAAGUUCGAGCCCCUGCUAGGGGAGGAGCUGGACCUGCGGCGCGUCACAUGGCGGCUGCCCCCGGAGCUCAUUCCGCGCCUGUCGGCCAGCAGCCGGCGCUCCUCCGACACCGCCGAGCCGCCCCGCGGGCCCCUGGACGACGGCGCCGCCGAUGGGGGCGCGCGGGGUGCCGGCGGGGAGGGAGGUGACCGGCCUGCCCUGACCCGGCCCCCAGAGGAGCACCUGGUGAACGGGCGGAUGGACUUUGCCUUCCCGGGCAGUGCCAACUCCCUGCACAGGAUGGCUGUGAGCAACGCUGCCUACAGCACCCACCUGAGCCCACACCUGCCCCACCGCGUGCUGAGCACAUCCUCCACCCUCUCGCGGGACUACCACUCGCUGACCCGCCCGGAACACUCGCACUCGUCCACGCUGCCCAGGGACUACUCAACCCUCACCUCCCUCUCCUCCCAGAGCUCCCGCUUGGCUGCCGGUGUGCCCGACACGCCCACCCGCCUGGUGUUCUCAGCCCUGGGACCCACGUCUCUGAAAGUGAGCUGGCGGGAGCCGCAGUGCGAGCGAGCGCUGCAGGGCUACAGCGUGGAGUACCAGCUGCUGAAUGGCGGUGAGCUGCACCAGCUUAACAUCCCCAACCCCAGCCAGACUUCGGUGGUGCUGGAAGACCUCCUGCCCAACCACUCCUACGUGUUCCGCGUGCGGGCCCAGAGCCAGGAAGGCUGGGGCCCAGAGCGCGAGGGUGUCAUCACUAUCGAGUCACAGGUGCACCCACAGAGCCCUCUCUGCCCCCUACCGGGCUCUGCCUUCACUUUGAGCACGCCCAACGCCCCGGGCCCGCUGGUGUUCACCGCCCUGAGCCCGGACUCUCUGCAGUUGAGCUGGGAGCGGCCGCGCAGGCCUGAUGGCGACAUCCUCGGCUACCUGGUGACUUGUGAGAUGGCCCACGGAGGAGAGCCAGCCACCACGUUCCUGGUGGAUGGCGACAGCCCCGAGAGCCGGCUGACGGUGCCAGGCCUCAGCGAGAACGUGCCCUACAAGUUCAAGGUGCAGGCCAAGACCACCCAAGGUUUCGGGCCGGAGCGUGAAGGCAUCAUCACCAUCGAGUCCCAGGCUGGAGGCCCCUUCCCACAGCUGGGCAGCCACUCGGGGCUCUUCCAGCACCCAAUGCCAGGAGAGUACAGCAUCACCACCACCCACUCCAGCACCACUGAGCCCGUCCUACUGGACGGAUUGACCCUGGGGUCCCCGCACUUGGAAGCCCAUGGCUCCCUCACCCGGCAAGUGACACAGGAGUUUGUGAGCCGGACACUGACCACCAGUGGAACCCUCAGCACCCACAUGGACCAACAGUUCUUUCAGACCUGAGCCCCCGACCCCCACCUCCUCUCCCUGGCGCUGCCUCAGCUACUCCAUCCUUGGACCCCUGGCGACCAGCCCACCCGCAUGCUGAUCACAGGGCUGGUGCCUCUGGCCACAGAGCAGGGGGUAGGUGUCCUCUGGGAGGCACGAAGUGGUCCCGGAAGGCCCUUCAGCUGCCCUCCUACCCUGGGCCCAAGCCCAUUUGUAACCAAAGAGCUAGGACCAGCAUGACAAGGUUCCAGCUUUGUUCUGCACUUAAUAAAAGAUUUUGCUACUGCUGA